ACAGUCCCACUCGCACCAACCGCGGUUGCCAACCUAACCAGCAGCCUUUGACCCCCCCCCGUCGGCCGCCGCCGCCGAAGCGGAAGCCGCAGACCAUGGAGCACGCGUCCGCCUUCCUCGCGCGCGCGCUCACUACGCCGCUCCCGGCAUCCGCCGCCCUCCCGCGGCGGCGCCCGGCUCGCGUGGCCGUCGCCGCCGCGGCGCCGGAGCGCAAGCCGCCGGGUGCGGUGGCAUCCACCACCAACUACGUCGUGCCGCUCGACGCCGCGCCGUCCGGGAUCACGCGCCCUCUCGUCGAGAUCCUCCGCGACCUCAACAAGCGCGUCCCGGACGCCAUCGUGCGGCCUCCCUCCCGGCGCGCCUCCGCCUCCGACCCCGUCAUCCCCUGGUACCAUGCCAACAGGAUGCUCAGCUUUUAUGCUCCAGGUUGGUGUGGGGAAGUCCGUGAUGUUAUUUACACUGACAGUGGAAAGGUGACGGUCAUAUACCGUGUGACUGUACGCGGAACAGAUGGAGAGGUUCAUAGGGAGGCUGCUGGAACAGCAUCACUGAGCGAUGCACGGUUCGACGAUCCUGUGUCUGCGGCAGAAGAGGCUGCGUUCUGCAAAGCCUGUGCGAGGUUUGGUUUCGGCCUGUACCUGUACCAUGAAGACGAGACACCAUAGAAGACCAACAUUUGUUCACAUCAUCUAAGCCGGCUCUGUUCAGAUUUACACUCUAGAGGCUGUGGUGUACUGGCGUUGAUCAGUCAGUCUAUCAGAUACCCAUCCAUACUGCACUGUAAAUACAGAGGCACGUCAAGUUACCCUUUGUUGCUAGGGCCUUGAGCUGUUGUAAUUUUGUGUGGGAUGUUGUUUGCUCAUUUUCGUACAGUCUUGUCUUGCAAAAAAUGUUGUCAGCUGCAGUUGGUGUGGAUUAUGGAAUUAUUAUGAAUAUAUACUCAGUAUCUUUUUUCCUUA